UGCCUGCCUCCUGCAGCAGGGGAGGCUGCGAGCCGCCGCCGCGCCGGGCCCCGGCAGGUGGGCGAGCCGCACCGCACCAGGGCUGCUACGGGGUCUUCAACAUGGUUGGCAUUGCCACAGCUACCUUCCUGCAUGCGGCUCAGUGCAACAUCGUGUGGUGGUGUGGAAGAUGGACCCCGGAGGAGGGCAGAGCACGGAGGAGCCCGGCGGCGGGGACCCCAUCCGGGGGACCCCUUGGGUGCCGUGCAGCAGCUGGUGUUGUGAAUCAGGCCGUCACCAGUCGGAGAACGGCUACUUCACAACACCAGGGUCGCACCGCACCACGGUUCGACCGCCGGCCGGAGAGGAGCAGAGGUUCCCGCGGGCAGGCAGGGGAUGUGGAACACCUCCUGGCUGCCUCUGCCCAAGCCCAGACCUGCAAAGGUAAUCAGGUGCUCAACUCCUAUUUAGGCACCAGCCUCCCACUGAAGUCUGAAAUAGAAGUUAGGCCCCUAAAUAUCUCUGUGGGUCUGGCCCCGAGACCCUGCCUUGCUGUGCAGUGCAGAGCAGAGCUUCAGCAGGCACGGGGCAGUGCUGUCAGCAACACGGUCACUGCCUGUUUGCAUGCGGUGUGAACGCUAAGGAACGGGUAACUUUUAUUAAGCUGUGGCAAAUAGCGAAAAAAAACCCAAACAAAAACCCUUUGCGUGUUCCAUGUGUAUUUCUCCCUGACAGUCAUGUCUGUGGUCCUUGCCUGUGACUAGUCCUGAUCCUUUCCGUAUCUAGACACCUGAUCACAUGUUCUCUGUAAAAGAUGCUGUACAUACCAGGAAAAAAGCCAGACUCCUUGGAAAUGACACUAAAACAGCCCUAGGUGUGUUGUAAUGAAUGAAAAAGCACCAAAAAUAAACAGUGGGGUUGUCCAGAAGUGGUACGAACAGCUGCUGUCCUUAAAAUAGAGAAAACGUUUGAUUUUGCAUUGCUUAAGCAACCCCUCAUAAAUCAUUAGGCAUAGAGGGACAGCGAAGCACACUCAAACUGACCCUGUCUGGGUGUGUUUCAGGUCUGAAACACAGGCUCUUUCCUGCCUCUUCCCUUGCACUGCAACACCAGCAUGAUGUUAGUUUGAGGGGAGUGGGUUACAGCAGAGUGCUUUCCACCAAACCCGGGUCUUGUUCACGGAGGUCAGCACAAAGCUGAUGGCCAUAUACAAUCCCUUAAGUCAAACUGAAACACUGUUCAGUUUUGAUCUCUGAAAGCAGCUAUCUGCCCUUGGACUUGGGAUGGGGUUUUCUCUGGUGGGUUUUCCCUUCUUCCCACCCCCCAAGAUAGUCUAGCUGUAUGCUCUUAGGUGGGUGUUGGCUGGCUGUUCUCUUGUAUGACAUAAAACACUGGAAAUGUCUAAAACAAAGAGUGGAGAAAUGCAGAAAGCAAACAAUCAAGGUAACAGAACUGAUGAGGGAUUUUUUUUUAAGUUUUCUUCAUUAUCCUAAUUCAUCUGAUUGAAGCUGCCAGUAAAAAUGACUUAAAUACCAUCCUGGAUGUAUGAUUGCUGGCGGGGAGAUAGACGUAGGGGAGAUUCAGGAUAUACACAAGAUCAGAAAUAGCAUGGGACAGCCUGGAAAUGCAAAUGAAAGGAGACAAAGAUGGUUACGUUAGACCCACCCUAAUCUUUCUGUUCAGGUGGGCUUCCUACAGAAGUAACCCUGAAUUCCUUUCAUAGCAAAAGGUCCACAGCAACGUAAGAGAUAUAUGGGAGGCUCACUCAUACAUUAGGAGAGGGCAGCCUGUUGAUGCAGGCUAGCAUUGGGUUGUUUUCAUUGAUUAGAGGAAAAGCAAGACUGUAUUUCUAGUUCAGGCACUAUGGCAAGGAGUAUGAAUCUGUCGACCUAACAUGCAAGAAGUCUGUUUUAUUAAACUUGUUCUCUGCUAACACAAACUGUGUGCUCUGUGUGGUAGUCUCAUUGUUCAUUAUAACCUUGUUUUAAAGCUCGAUACCUUUCACUCCAGGGUUUGUUUCAUGGGGUAAAUUACACAAUUCUUUAGAAACAGGAGGCAACAAUGAAAUAACCCCAAUAACGCCUGUACACACUGGUUUAUGUAGCAGCUAUUCAUAUAUAGAACUAAACACCAUUUCAUCUUCUCUUGAGAGCCAGAAACCUGUUUCACCUACUCAGCUUCUGUCAGUAAAUACACAUAACAUUUGAAAUAGGUUAAUGCUUAAUAUCCACUGCCAGGUGACCUGAUAGACUACUUCCGUACUUCUCCAAGUAUGAUAUGUGGAGACAGGUCAUUUUCAGUUCCCUUUGUUAAAGAAUUUUCUCGGGAACAUCACACUUUGGAGGUACUUUUGGGGCAUUUAUUGUACUCCCUGUUUCUAACUUGAAUCCAUCACACUUUAUGCUCUUCUAAAGUGAUUUCCUAGCAAAUUAAUGCAUGCCAUAAUGUAGGACUGCUACUGAAAGUCAAGCACUCCUGCUUGUCAUUAAGGAGCGUGAUCGUGUCAUUUUGUGAGGUGGAUUGCAGGCUGAAUAGCCAACCAUCAGCUUCAGGUGAUGGAAGCAAUUUCUGUUUGCUCCCUUCAGCAGUUAGAAGUACUUGAUGUUAGCAUGUGCUGCAGUGAAAGGUGAAUGCACAAAAUAAAUAGUUCAAUAUGAGUUAUAAA